AUGGAUGAGGACUAUACGUCCUACGCCGACGAGUGGGACGGCCAUGGCGAUGACUAUGGUGAGGGAGAAGAAGAAGGGAGCGACCAUGAGACUGAUCCUGACGCAGGACUGGAGUCUGAGGACGUCGAGGGUGAAGUCGAAGAUGGAUCGCAGCAGCCAAGAGAAGGUGAAGAGCCAGCGGGACAAGCACCUAGUUCGCCUCCCGUGAGGCAUGGCAAAAAUGGGCCGAGAUCGACUUCUUCGGUGAGCGGCUCGUCAGCGAGAGGUGCUGGUGGUUCUCAUCAUUCUCAGACUCGCUCAUUGGCAUACUCUCCUUCACCUGGGCCUUCAGAUCCACCUUCCGGAUCCCGAGAUAAGGGGACCGACAAGGACAAGAAGGACCCCAGUGACUCGAAGUCUGGUGAUCGCAAGAGGCCAAGAGGUAACUUGCCACCUGCACCCGUUUUCACCGGAGAUGUGAAGACAGACCCUAAGUGCUUCAAGAAGUAUGUGGGAAAGGUGGACAGUUACGUGGAGUUGGCUCGAAUGAUCAUCGAUGACAAGGAGAUCGGGCUGAGGUUGCAUGCGGCAUUGGAUGGCGCUGCUGCCGACUACCUCGAGGACGUUCCGGCCAAGACCUUCGGUGGUGAGAGCGGCUGGAAGAUCCUGAUGAAGGUGCUGAAGGACAAAUUUGACCAGCCCCGGAUGCAGAAGGUGGGGUCGGCUAUGAAGUCCUUCUUCAAGCUGCAGCUGGGCAACAACUGCACUAUGCGAGAAGCGUGCGACAUGUUGGACAAGGCCCAUCGCCAAUGUCGAGAUACCGGUCUUACUGUACCUGAUGCCAUCUUGAUACAUUGGUUCUUUGAGCAUGCCCACAUCAGCCAGGAGCGGCAGGCAAACUUGCUCUUGAGGACCAAUGGGGAGUACAACUGGAAGCUCAUCAAGCAGGCGGUGGAGUUGUUGUAUCCCAACGUCUAUGUGGGUCGAGGUGGCUACAGCUAUGGCAACCGUGGUCCACCAGGCAAAGGUCGAAGUGCACACGAGGCGCAUGCUACAGGAGAACCUGGUGACAUUCCUACAUGGGAUGCCACUGAGGAUCAGUUGGAGGGCUGGCUCUACGAGAAUGACCCCGUGGAGGCGCUGGCUGAGGUGGAACUAUGUCAAGGACUUCCAGAAGAAGUGUCGCGUGAACUACACCAAGUCUUCGCCACCCAUCGGGAGAACAGACAGAAGCUGGCCAAGGCCGUGAAAGCUAGAGGCUUUUAUGUCUCUGGUGGCAACAACUCCGGCAAGGGGAAGAAAGGCAAGAGUGGCAAGCCAUCUAGCUUUAAGCCUAAAGGUGGCAAAGGCGCCAAAGGCGGUGGAAAGGCAAGAGGCAUGUCACUAGAUGAGUUGAAGGCAGUGACAGCCUGUGCCGAUUGUGAGCAGAUUGGCCAUUGGAAGGGAGACCCAGAGUGUCCCAAGCAGAAACGUGGUGCUCACGAAGCUGCCGAGACGAUGGCGGUGAAGAGGAGUGGUAUGGCGAAGAUGAAGAAUAUCAGAGCAGUACGACGGACAAGCACGCUCCGCCCAUACGGCAUACCGCACUACAUCGACUCCGACCUCUUCAGCGGCUCCUAUAUCGUCCUCGACCUCUACACGCGGCGCGGCAGCAUCAUCAUUGCAGAGCUCUACGUCACGGAAGAGUCCUACGAGGAGGCCAAGCAGAUCACACGCCACAUCAACGCUUUGAAGCGGAAGUCAGCAGGAGAGAAGGCGAAGCCCGUGCAGUACGACUCGGUGCGGGAGGAGAUGAAGAAGGAGCUGGAGUCGGAUGACUUCCUGGCAGGCGUGCACAACGUCAAGCAGAUCAUCGAGGCGAAGACCCAGAACCUGAUCACCGAUAGCGAUGCUGCGUCGGCGGUGUGUGAAGCCGUCCGGCAUUACAAGACCGAGCCCUUCAGUGAGCCCGGUUCAGCCUUCGCCCUGCUGAAGGACAAGUCCAAAGGCCCUGACAUCGAGAGUUUGCGCUCUUCCAGGAGGACUUUCAUGACACGGCGGGUCCACUGGGAGGACAACUUCGAGGACGAGGAGAUGAUCCCGGAUGUAGUGAUGGAUCGACAGGUCCGUUCCUUGACAAGGAGGACUCCAACGGUGCAGGAUGGAAGGAGCUAUCUGACCAUCGACACGGCUUGCGAGAACACUGUGUGCGGCAUGAACGUCGUCAAGGUCAUCACCCAGCGGUUCUUUGCGGAGUUUGGUGUCGUGCCGAAGUUGGAGGCCGAAAAUGAGAAGUACUGUUUUGGACCUGGGGAUCCUAUCCCUUCGACCCAGCGGCUGAGUUUGCCGAUCGGGAUCAUGGGACACCCUAUGAUCAUCAAGACCUCUGUCAUCGAGUUGGAGCCAGGACGACCAGAUGUCCCAUUUCUCGCCGGCCAAGAUUGGCUGUUGUUCGUACAGGCCAUCAUUGACGUUGGCAAUGGAAUUCUCCGGAUGCCCCAAAUUGGCAUCGAGGCCCCGCUGCUGAUUGACCGAACUGGUCAUUUGGUGGUAGCCAUUGAUGAGUUUCCCAAAGGUGGAUGGCCCUCCAGUUUGGUGUCGACCUCUGUCACCUACGAGGGCGCACUAUUCAAGCUGUCAGACGAGAUCUGUCCGCCGAGCCAUCGGGAAACUUAUUCGUCAUCGCGCUUUGAUGUGGUGAGACAACAAGUGAAGAAAGCCCCCAACUACCACUAUGAGCCCAAUCAAGAUGAAUUCAACCUGGACUUGCCUAGGGGACCAUGUGUAGUUCCUUCUGACUAUUGGGAGUUCAAGUUUGAGAAGGGCAUUUACAUCCGCCAUCACUGCAGGCCGAGACGGCACCUCUUCACUCCGGAGGAAGAUGCUGCGUCUGGCCCCGAGCUGAACAUCCUCAGUGAUGAACGGGUAACAAAUAUUUUUGGUCUUUUAGAACCCCUCCAAGAUGUUUGGAAGUUGAACGGCGAGCUCAACAAACAAGCUCUACGACAUCCAUGGGUUGGACAGACCAUUUUCUAUGUACAUGGUAAGCCCCCCAAACUUGAUGAUUUGGAGAUUCACCCCCAUGACGGACUUGAAGUUGUUUUUCCUGACGGUAUUUCACACGUUGUGGCAGUCAAGAGCCUCACGAGUUUGCAGGGUCACAAGAAGAUUCAACAUUUUGACAUGGCAGCCAAACCUGAGCUUUUUGAGCAUAUCGAGCACUUCAACGUCAACAUCGUCUUCAAGGAGGUCAAGAACUACAUGGGCAAGACACUGCGGUCAUGGGCAAGAAUGGUCAUGGCAAUUGGCCGCCUUUGGUCGCUGGUGGCAAGAUGGACAAACCUCAACAAGGCCAUCCGGGAGUUCAAGCACCGGUCUCCGGCCUUGGUGAAUUACAUGGAAGCCCUGAUGCGGCACUCUUCGGAAAUGCCGGCCACGAUCCCGCCAACAACGACCAAAGCAGCGGGUCAGACUUCGAAGGUGCUGAUGCCGACAUACCCGCUGGCCAUUCCAAAUUGCCCUCACGAAGUGGAAGCAGCACGAAGGUUGGGGAAUGCGCACGGCCGUUUUCAAGAAUGCAUGGAUUGCGGCCUGAUUCGCAAAGCCCUCACCAAGGACUACACGGUGCCAAUCUCCAAGGAGAAGGUGGUGGUGUACCCCUAUCUGCACGGGUAUCGUCAAACACCCGGCGCAAAGGCCACAAAGUUCGUGCUGGAGCCCAAGGAAGUGGCCUACUAUGGCAACUUGGAAAAUUGCUACUCACUCUCAUCCUCGCAGGCGUCGGGGGUCUCCAUCAACGAAGUGGUGAACAAGAAGAAGGCCCCCAAGGCCAAGCCGAAAUCUACCUCCAAGAGAUCCUCAGAGGGCAACACGGAGGAGAUAUCAGUUGGGGAAUGGGAGGAUGCGCUGAUGGUGGACGACAGAGCAGCCCAGGCUAAGAUGACGUCUUCUACCUGGCCCCGACGGACCUUUGGGUAUGACAUCAUCGAGAUUUUUGGAGGUACAUCUAUGGUGUCGUUGCGGGCCGGGAGAAACUGGAAUUUGAGGGUGUUGCAGCCCAUCGACAUCCGCUACGGCGUUGACUUGAGGAGCCGACGCUGCAGAAGGUGGUUACUGAAGAUGUUGGAUGUUUGGAAUCCUCGAUUGGCAUUGGUCGAGUACCCUUGCACUCCAUGGACUAUACUCCAGAGGAAUUGCAACUACCGGGACAACAUGGAGGAGCUCUACGCACGACAGGAAGCUGACAGACCCUUCCUUAAGCUUUGCAAGGAGGUGUUCAAGAGUCAGCGACGACGUGGAGGUCAUGCACUAUGUGAGAACCCGGCCACGGCCGACAGCCAACAUCAACCUGAGACUGUGGAGUUGCGAGAGGAGUUCUAUGAAACUACGAGCUGCCUAUGUCAGUUCGGAAUGGUAAGUGCUAGAGGAUGGCCGAUGAAGAAGCGUGUCAGGUUCAUCGCCACACACAAGCACAUGACAGACUCCCUCAACGCGCAUUGCCCAGGAGACCAUCAACACGAUCCAGUUGCUGGACGAGACACUGCAGCUUCGGCUGCCUAUACACCGGAUUUGGCAGAUGCCAUCUGCCGGGCCUACCUCGAGAUCAUCGAAGAGGAGGACUUCGGGCGCAAACACACGUGGGAAACGUAUGAGCCACGGAGGUCUUACUUCGUGGACGUGGACCGCACCGAAGACAAAUGGAGGCCCUUGUUUGACUUGGUCCAGGAGCAGUUGGCGCGCAAGGCCAAGCGCGUGAGACCAGGCAUGACAGAGUGCCAUCGAGCUUCGGUGCUGAUGACCAAUGAGGACCACAUCAUCAUCGAGACGGAGUACAUCCCCGAUGCGCAAGCCCCAAGGGAAAGAUUCGUCUAUCCAGUGAGGUGGGCGAUCUUCAUACUUGGACAUGCGCCUGGCGAACCUAAAGAGCCGUCACCUGCGGCUCCGCCACCACGACAACCUUUUGAAGAAGGACCACCUGCAGAAGAUCUUCUCCUUCCCGCUCUACAACAAGAAGGACUGGUGAGGCAAGAUUUUGCAGGUGAGUGUUGGUUCGUUGGACCUCCGUUGACAAGUGGGCAGAAGAAGUUGGCACCCGCCUUGGUGCGGAUGCAUCGCAACUUGGGCCACCCACGGAAAGAAGAUUUUGUCAGGGCGCUUGCACAACAGGACCGGCUAGAACAAGACGCCUUGGUCUUGGCAAGACGGUUGAGGUGUGCAACAUGUGAACGCACUCGGCGUCCAUUGCCGCCUCGGCCCUCUUCAUUGAAGUCGACACCGGCCUUCAACACCAAGCUCUCCCUGGACUUCGUCUACCUGCACGACAGCAACGGCGAGAAGUUCCACUACCUGCACAUUUUGGAUCCUGCGGGUGCCUUCAAUGUGUUCGCGUUGGUCAAGUUAGACCGAGACGGAAGCUUCGAGGGAGUUUUCUACGAAAAGCUGACGGAUCUUGGGUUGAACCUCGACUAUAUCCCGGCGGAGGCGCACUGGCAAGCAGGCGAUGUAGAAGCUUUUAACCGAGCGUUCAGGAACGUCGCCAACAAGCUGAUUGACGAAUACCAGAUUCAAGGUGAGCAAGAUAUGAGGAUGUUGGGCGCUUCAGUUGCGGCGUCGAGACGCUUCAUGGACUCCAACGAGAUGAACAACUACGUGUUCGCACUCAAAUACGGGCCCGCCUUCGGGACAGAACUUUGGCCAGUCUCAGAGGAGGAUCUUCAGUGGUUGGAGGACAACAUGCCUGAGGAGUUCUACGAUGAGCGCGGCGAUCCUCCACUACCAGAUGACAUCCCACCUGACGCUCUCCACGAGGAGUUUGUGAUUCCACCCUAUGACGAUGAGGUAGAAAUGGCUGAGGAACUACGUCCUGCAGAAGUUCAACAAGUACCUCCUGAACUUGCUCAACCACCUGACCCUAUGCAAACGUCACCGGCCCCAUCAGAUGCAACUCAACCACAUCCUGAGUCGCCUUUGUUGACUCGGGCACCUGGCACACCUGUGGGAGGCUUACUACAGAACGCACUCCGUGAACCAGACCCCAAAAGACAGCGGCUGGGUUUGACACCUCCAGCAUCGUCUGUCGCGGUGCCUGACAGCGAUGAGGACGUGGGAUCGGUGGAGUCGCAACGACCAGCCCAUGAGACUGAGUCUAUGCCUGAUGCUGAGAUCAAGUCCGCGCUGGUAACGGCUCUCUCCAAGGACAAGUGGGAACUGAGCGACGACGGUCAGUGGUUGGUCCGUAGACAUCACCUACCGCGGCGGCAGUUGUUUUCACCGCUCGAAGUACCAGGACUACCAGUUCAAGCACAACGUCUAGGGUCAGAGAGGCACACAAGGUAUCGCUAUGUCAACUACAUGUCAAGCUUCGACCAGAAGUCAGUGGACGUGAUGUCAAAAGACCCGAAUGAGACCCCUCACUCCUGGUCGGACACUUGGCGUGGGAAUGGCUUAGAGACGGCAAUGCACUGCGAUUGGACAGGCAGCACUUGGUUCCGAGUCGUUGCCGCAGCCAAAAAGAUCAAGGGAAGAAGAGUGAGUAUGACAAGGAAAGAACAGAAGGCCCUCGACCGAGAGAUACCCUAUCACCUGAUACCAGAAGAUGAGCGAGAGGCCUAUCAUGAAGCACUUUGCAAAGAGUGGUCUACAUGGGAACGCUAUGCGGCAGUCAAGGUCUUGGACAAGGCGGCAUCCGAAGCUGUGGAGAAGUAUGUCGACAAGAACAGAAUCUUGGACACCCGCGUAUGCUAUCGCAAUAAGAACGCGGCCUUUCCUUGGAUGCCCCCGAAGCAUAAAGCAAGACUUGUCUGCCGGGGAGAUCGUGAUCCAGACAUCACCUCUCUCCGAAGAGAUGCACCUACGAUGUCGAGGAUGGCUAUGAUGGUGCUUUUACAAGUGGCAGCUGCGAUGCCGGGAUGGUUCCUGUUCAACGCAGACAUCACCGGUGCUUUUCUACAAGGAGACCAAUCUUUGUCAAGCCGUAAAGAAGCCCUUUACCUUCGACAACCUCGCGAAGGACUACCAGGACUCCAGAAGGGGCAACUGAUGUUGGUGGUCCGAGGAAUCUUCGGACUGGCAAAUUCGCCACGACUUUUCUGGCGACACCUUCGCGAUACGUUGCUGAAGAUCGGCUUCCGGCAGAGUACUUUGGACCGGGCAGUGUUCUUCUACUACAAGGAGGAGCGGCUGGUUUUGGUACUCGGAGCACAUGUUGACGACUUGCUUGGCACUGGCCAGCCAGGCGCAGCGGACGAGGUGUUGGCCGAGCUACGCGCUACUUUCGACUUCGGCGCUUGGGCUGAUAGCCGAGAAGAUGAGGUGCUCGAGUACGGCGGCAAGCAGAUCAGAAAGCUGGCAGAUGGAACCGUCCUCCUCAACCAGGAGAAGUUCAUCCGAGCUACAAGCGUGACAGCAAUUCCAAAGUGGCGCACUUCCACUCCAAACUCCAACCUGCUCAAGUCCGAGAUGACCGAGCUGCGCUCUGUCGGUGGUUGUCUCCAUUGGGUUGUGGGACAGACCCGUCCCGACCUGGCAGCAGGCACUUCGUUACACAUGUCGGGGACACCGACAGUAACCAACUUGUUGGAACUGAACAAGCUCCUCAAGGUGUGCUCUGUGGAAGGAGAUGUGGCGAGUUUGGUGGAUUGGCGAUCACAUAAGAUUAAACGGCAGUGUAGAUCUACCCUGGCAGCUGAAACGAUGUCCUUAGACGCAGCCGUUGAUUCGGGGCUCUACACCCGGGAGUUGUUGGCCGAGAUGUUGGUGGCAGACUACGUUCCUGCGCAAUCCGGCCGAUUGCCUCCUGAUUUCCUGCCGAUGCAUGCGGCCACAGACUGUCGUAGCUUGUAUGAUUUGCUCGUCAAAGACGGGUCCUUGUCAACCACUCAAGAGAAGCGUCUUGCAAUAGAUUUGGGUGGACUGCGUGAAACAGCAGCCGAAUUUGAUGAACAGUGUGAGCAAUUGACCGAGACUUACAAGUGGGUUGAUACGAAAUCCCAGUUGGCUGAUCACUUGACCAAGCCGAAACCACCCAUGCUGUUGCGAGAGCUUUUGGACAAAGGCAAGAUUGCACUCCAAACGAUCGAGUCAACUGACUCUCACGAAUUGUAA